GCGUUUCGACCAACCGUGAUGCCACUCGUGCAGAUAGAGGUGUGCGACUUCAAAUCUUAUCGUGGCCACCAGACCAUAGGCCCCUUCAAGAACUUUACCUCCGUCAUUGGUCCCAAUGGCGCCGGUAAGUCCAACCUUAUGGACGCGAUCUCUUUCGUUCUCGGCGUCAAGAGCGCCCAGUUGCGGAGUUCCCAGUUGAAGGACCUCGUAUACCGCGGCCGACGACUUGGAACGAGUGGGUUAGACGGGGAAGAAGAACCAAGCGGUAAUGCAGAUGAGGAUGAUGACCAAGGAGAGGGCACCGCGAAGAAGGCAUGGGUCAUGGCUUUGUAUGUUGACGCGGACAAGAAGGAGUGGAGGUUCAGGAGAACCAUUUCUACAUUGGGCGCCUCCGAGUACCGACUUAACGACAAGGUCGUGACAUACAACGCCUACAAUGCCGCACUCAUGCAGCAAAACAUCCUCGUCAAAGCCAAGAAUUUCCUAGUCUUCCAAGGUGACGUAGAAGCUGUCGCAUCGCAGUCUCCUCGUGAGCUGUCGCGACUAAUAGACCAGAUCAGUGGAAGUUUAGAGCUUGCGCCAGAGUAUGAGAAAGCGAAAGAGGCCCAGGAUCGCGCUACCGAGAAUGCGACUUUUAACUUCACAAAGCGACGUGGUAUUGCGGGGGAGAUCAAGCAAUACAAAGAGCAGAAAGGAGAGGCUGACCGUUUCGAUGCGAUGUGUCAAGAACGCGACCAACGUGUUCUUCAUCGAAUUCUAUUCAAACUUUACCACAUCGAGGAAGCAAUUGAGAAUAAUGCUCGUGAAAUCCAGAGGCAGAACAAGGCUCUCAAAUCUUUGCGAGAAGAGCAACGCAAGCAUGAUGAAGCUCUCGAGGCGGCCCGCGCAGAACAAGCUCAAGCCCGUGGAAAAGUCAUGCAGAUGGAGAAGAAAAUCAAGAAGGCCGAGAAAUCACUCGAUAACAAAAGGCCUGACCUUGUUACUGCCGAAGCUCAAAUCAAGCACGCCCAAAGAAAGCUGGCAAAUGCUACCAAGAUGAAAGGCGAACUCGAGAAGGAAAAGGAAAAUCUGCAGGGAAGAGUUGCAAAAUUGCAGAAGGAGCUCGCAAGUGUCAAGAAGGCUGCCGAUGCUGCUCAAGAAGAGCAACGGAAAGCAUCACAACACAACCUAGCUCUAGGGGCUGAGACUCUAGCCGAAUAUCGUGAGCUUAAAGCGGCUGCAAGCGAACUGGCCGUCGACGAACGACAGUCUUUGGAGGCAUUGUCUCGCGAGCAGAAGACGGUUUCGCGAACUUUAGCACAGUUGAAGGAAAAACAACAAGGGUUACAGGAGACACAAGAGACAAGGAGUGGUGAAGCGGAAACCCAAGGAACGCGAAAAUCUGAGUUGGAGGCCAAGGUUUCAACGUUCCAGAACGACCUCGCGGAGGUUCGGCAAGAGUUAGAGAAUCAGCAGGCUGAGCGGACUAAAAUCACACAACUGGAACGACAAGCGAAUGAGCAAUUACAAAAUAUAUUCAACCAGUUGACGGAGGCCGGGGCGGAUAGGCAACAAUCAGAGAAAGAAGUGAAAGCGAAAGAGAAUCUGGCCAAUCUUCAGCGGCUUUUCACUGGCGUUCGCGGGCGUGUCGUAGAUCUCUGCAAACCUUCACAACGCAAGUUCGAGACAGCCGUUUCCGUCGUGCUUGGCUGGAAUAUCGAUGCAAUCGUUGUCGACACCGAGCGAAUCGCAAUUGAUUGCAUAGAAUAUAUGCGGACACAACGCGUGGGCCAGGCCACGUUCAUCCCUCUCGAUACUAUUCAAGCAAAGCCCAUUAGCGACAAAUUUCGAGGGAUGAAAACCGCUCGAUUAGUGGUGGAUAUCAUCCAGUAUGAGCCUGCCGUCGAGCGCGCGAUGCACCAUGUUUGCGGCAAUGCGCUGGUUUGCGACACUCUGGAUGUAGCCCGACACCUUUGCUACGAGAAAGGUCACGAAGUCAAAGCGGUAACUCUUGAGGGAACCAUCAUCCAUAAGAGUGGUCUCAUUACCGGCGGCAAAAGCACGCAUAGUGGCAAGAAAUGGGACGACAAAGAUAUUCAGGGGUUGACGAAGAACAAAGACAAUUUGCUUUCUCAGUUGCGUGAAUUGGGAAAACAGAAACAGAAGCUCAAGGCGGACGAUCACCUUACUGCGGAGAUGAGCCGACUCGAGUCCGCGCUCACCUUGGCCAGAGAUGAUCUCAAUGGCUGUAAACUUCGCUUAACAGGAAUGCGCGAUGAACUUAAGCAUUUGAAGGAGGAGCUGAAGAAGAAUGCUCCAGAGCUCAAGAAGGCCCAAGAAAAGUCUGACUCGCUCCAGCAACAAAUUGCUCGUUUGACUGUGACGAUUGAUCGGGCCGAGGCUGGCACAUUUGCGGCGUUUUGUCGUAAGAUCAACGUGGAGAAUAUCAGGGAAUAUGAGGAGCGGCAAAUGAAGGUAGCCCAACAAGAGAACGAGGCACGGUUGCGGUUCGACAACCAGAUUAUGCGACUCACGCACCAGGUUGACUUCGAGACGGAGGCAUUGAAGGGGAUUGAAGACCGACUGGGGAAUAUCGAGAGGACGGUGUCAACAGAGCAAGACAGCAUCAAAACGUUGGAACUCAAAAAGGAGGCUGCGGGGCAAGAAAUUGAAGAGGCUGAAGAAGGGGUUGCACAGCUCAAGGAGGAGUUGACAGCGUUGCAGGAGACCUUAGACGAGAAAACAAAAAAGGUAGACGAAGUCAAGAAAACGACGGGCAAGGCAGGGAAACAACUUGACCAGGCACUGAAAGAAAUUACGACUAUGAACGACGAGAUUGAAAAAUCUGCGCUGGACCGGUCAGCGAUUUAUCGCAAAUGUCGACUCGAGGAAAUCAAAUUACCUUUACUGCAAGGUCAUCUAAAGCAUGUGCCGAUGGAAGAGAAUCUGAAAGAUGAGGUUGCGAUGGAAGUGGACGAAGACGAAGACGGUGCUCAACAACCCCGAAGAGUACAAGACUAUGGCAUUGAGGUUGACUUUGACGCAUUAGAUGAUGACGACCGCCAAGACGGUUCAGCAGAAGCCCUCCAAGAAAUAGAUAGUCAGAUCGCCAAACUGACUGCGGACAUCGAGAAAAUGGCGCCAAACAUGAAGGCCAUUGAACGGCUGGAGGAUGUGGAGGCAAAGCUGGCGGAGACUGAGAAGGAGGCGGAGCAGGCGCGGAAGGAUUCGCGGACUGCACGAGACGACUUCACGGAUAUCAAGCGAAGGCGCUGCGAGUUGUUCAACAAAGCCUACAACCAUAUCUCGGACCGCAUAGACCAAGUUUACAAGGAUCUGACCAAGGGCAAGGCAGCCCCAAUGGGCGGUGUUGCAUACCUCAGUCUAGAAGAUAGCGAAGAACCCUACCUUGGUGGAAUCAAAUACCACGCGAUGCCGCCCAUGAAGCGGUUCCGGGACAUGGAACAACUAUCCGGUGGAGAGAAGACAGUUGCUGCAUUGGCGCUAUUGUUUGCGAUCCACAGCUACCAGCCAGCGCCAUUCUUUGUUCUGGACGAGGUUGAUGCUGCGCUUGACAACACGAACGUUGCUAAAAUCGCGAACUACAUCUCUACUCAUGCUGGGCCGACUUUUCAGUUCGUGGUCAUCAGUCUCAAGGGGUCGCUAUACGAACGAGGAGAGUCGUUGGUGGGAAUUUACCGAGAUCAAGAUGUGAACAGCUCAAGAACGGUUACGCUGGAUUUGACCCAAUACGAUUAA